AUGUCAACAAAAGCAAUUUACGAAGUUACUGGUAAAAAGAUUUUGAAUAAAUAUCUCGGUUCAACAGCAGCCGAAUGUCGAUGUGUUGGUAUUGAUGCUGACACGGACUGGAAUGAGCUAGUUGCAAGCAAUGCCUGGUUAAAAUCAGAAAGAUUGGUUGCCAAGCCUGAUCAACUGAUCAAACGACGUGGAAAACUUGGUUUAAUCAAAGCAAAUGUAGACCUUCAAGGAGCGAAAGAGUUUAUUGCAGAAAAUCUCAACAAAGAGAUAUCUAUUGGACACACAACAGGCAAAUUGAAACAUUUUAUUAUUGAACCGUAUCUUAGUCAUGAAAAUGCGGAUGAAAUGUACAUAUGUAUUUACUCGAAUCGCGAAGGUGAAGUUAUACUCUUUCAUCAUGAAGGUGGUAUCGACAUUGGUGAUGUUGAUUCCAAAGCAUUGCAAUAUUUAGUUGCUAUCGAUGAUCCAUUCGAUGAUAAAACUAUGGAAAACACUCUUUUGAAAAAUGUACCAAAUGAUCGACGAACACUUUUAUCAGAAUUUAUUUCUAAAUUAUAUGCAGUUUAUAUGGAUUUACAAUUUACGUACUUAGAAGUUAAUCCAUUAGUAGUUACAUCCAAGUCAGUUCACAUUUUGGAUUUGGCAAGUCGACUCGAUCAAACAGCUGAUUAUUUAUGUGCUUCGAAAUGGGGUAAAAUCGAAUUUCCACCACCAUUCGGUCGAGAUGCCUAUGCUGAAGAAGCUUACAUUGCUGAACUUGAUGCUAAAUCAGGUGCCUCAUUAAAACUAACUGUUUUAAAUCCCAAAGGUCGUGUAUGGACUAUGGUUGCCGGUGGUGGUGCAUCGGUCAUUUACAGUGAUACUAUCUGUGAUCUUGGAUUUUCCGCAGAACUGGCCAAUUACGGUGAAUAUUCAGGCGCGCCAAGUGAACAGCAGACUUAUGAAUAUGCCAAAACAAUUCUAUCAUUGAUGACAAAAGACAAGAAUGCUGAUGGAAAGAUUCUAAUCAUUGGUGGUGGUAUUGCUAACUUCACCAACGUAGCAGCAACGUUUAAAGGCAUUGUCAAAGCUUUGCAAGAGUAUCGUGAACGUCUAAUUGAAUAUAAAAUAUCGAUUUUUGUACGACGAGCUGGUCCAAACUAUCAAGAAGGUUUACGUAUUAUGCGCGAAGUUGGUGCAUCAUUAGGUGUACCUAUCCAUGUCUUUGGACCUGAAACACAUAUGACAGCUAUUGUUGGAAUGGCGCUCGGUAAACGUCCGAUUAUUCCACCUGAACAAGCUGAAUUAACAACAGCAAAUUUCUUGCUUUCAACGAGUGUUAAUCAACCAAAAACAAACUUCAAUGAACAACUUAAAACCACCAGAAGUUCAAGUACAUCGCAGGAACGUCCGCCAGUUACGAAUGAAGAUGCUCAUGUCAAUGGUGUCAGUUCCACACCCGCACAUAAACUAUCCAAUGGUGUUGAAAAGAAUAUGAAUCGGCCACUUUUUACAAAUACAACCAGAGCAAUUGUGUGGGGUAUGCAAACUAAGGCUGUGCAAGGUAUGCUUGAUUUCGAUCAUGUCUGCCGUCGAACAAAGCCAUCGGUGGUCGCUAUGAUCUAUCCAUUCACUGGUGACCAUCAACAGAAGUUUUACUGGGGUCAUGAGGAAAUUCUUAUUCCAUGCUAUAAAAAUAUGGCAGAUUGUAUGAAACGACACCCCGAUGCGGACGUUUUGAUCAAUUUUGCAUCGUUACGAUCAGCUUAUGAAAGUACCAUUGAAACAAUGAAAUAUCCACAAAUUCGUUCGAUUGCAAUCAUUGCUGAAGGCAUUCCAGAACAAUACACACGACGCAUGAUACGAUUGGCAAAUGAGAAAGGUGUCUACCUUAUUGGACCAGCAACAGUUGGUGGCUUGAAAGCUGGUUGUUUUAAGAUAGGUCAUACUGGUGGUAUGUUGGACAAUAUUCUUAUGUCGAAACUCUAUCGACCUGGAAGUGUUGCCUACGUUUCUCGAUCGGGUGGCAUGUCCAAUGAACUGAACAACAUUAUUUCUCGUAAUUCUGACGGUGUUUAUGAAGGUAUUGCAAUCGGUGGUGAUCGUUAUCCAGGUACAACAUUUACAGACCACAUAUUUCGUUACGAAAAGGAUCCCGAAGCGAAAGUUAUCGUACUUCUGGGCGAGGUGGGUGGUAUUGAAGAAUAUUAUAUUUGUGAAGCAUUGAAAUCCAAACGAAUUACUAAACCAUUGAUCGCUUGGUGUAUUGGCACAUGCGCAUCGAUGUUCACUUCCGAAGUACAAUUUGGUCACGCUGGCUCGCAUGCUGAUAAUGAUCGAGAGACAGCAGUAGCGAAAAAUAAGGCAUUGAAAGCAGCUGGAGCUUUCGUACCAAACAGUUUCGAUGAGCUUGGAGAUUUAAUUCAUUCGGUGUUCGUCGAUCUUGUUCAAUCUGGACAAUUAACUCCAAAACCUGAUCUGUUGCCACCAUCCGUACCGAUGGAUUAUGAUUGGGCUCGAGAACUUGGCUUGAUCCGAAAACCUGCCAGUUUUAUGACAAGUAUUGUUGACGAUCGAGGUCAAGAAUUAUUGUAUGCCGGCAUGCCUAUCACUGAUGUUAUCAAAGAGGAUAUGGGUAUCGGAGGUGUACUCAGUUUACUCUGGUUCCGAAAACGUUUACCGAAAUAUGCAACCAAAUUCUUAGAAAUGGUCCUUAUGGUCACAGCUGAUCAUGGUCCAGCUGUCAGCGGUGCACACAAUACCAUUGUCUGCGCACGUGCUGGAAAAGAUUUAGUUUCAUGCUUAGCUUCAGGAUUACUAACCAUUGGUGAUCGAUUUGGUGGUGCACUUGAUGAUGCUGCAAGACAAUUUAGUGCUGCAUACGAUACUGGUUUACAUCCAGCUGACUUUGUGAAUAAGAUGCGUAAAGAAGGACAAUUGAUUAUGGGUAUUGGCCAUCGAGUUAAAUCGCUAAACAAUCCGGAUAUGCGUGUUGUUCUUCUCAAAGAAUAUGUUAAAGAACACUUUCCAGCAUCUCCACUACUUGAUUAUGCAUUGGAAGUUGAAAAGAUUACUGUUAGCAAGAAACCAAACUUGAUUCUCAAUGUUGAUGGUUGUAUCGGUGUAGCGAUGGUUGAUCUUCUUCGUCAUUGUGGUUGUUUCACUCUUGAAGAAGCCACGGAAUUUAUUGAGAAUGGUGCAUUAAAUGGUCUCUUUGUACUUGGAAGAAGUCUCGGCUUCAUCGGUCAUUUUCUCGACCAGAAACGUCUUCGACAAGGUCUCUAUCGUCAUCCAUGGGACGAUAUCUCUUACAUUCUACCAGAAGCUAUGUAG